GCCGGGGCGGGGCGCGGGCGGACAAAAGGGGCAGUCGGGCAGGAUCAGCGCCGUGAGCGGCCGGCGCGGGGGGCGCGGGGAGCCCCCUCUGCUGACGCUGCUGUGUGCCCGCGACGCGGCGGGGACUGCGGGCCCAGAGUAAGAUGUCUCAAAUCAGAAGAACCCCCAGGCACUUUGUCCUCUCCAGCUAUCCUAAUGGAGCACCAGAAGAGGAAACCUACAGUAACCUCCAAACAAUUCCAGACACCACAGAGCAAAUGGAGUUUAAUAUCAGCUCAGCUACUCAGGUUGGCCAUCAGCUGGCCCUGAUCGGGGAUGAAUUUAACAGGAGGUACCACAGGACAUUAGAAGAAACACUGCUUCAUCUGGCACGAGUGGUUGCUAUCAGUGUUUUCCAGACAUGGAAUGUUAUUAAAAGUGUUACAAGAAGCUGUGGAGAUGUGAGCAGUAACUGGACAAAGUGGAUCACUGGCUAUGGAGGCUGGGCUGAAAUUUCUCAUUUAAAGAGUACCCAAAUCCCAGACAACUUGUGGGGUUUUGUUCAGAGGAGAGGCACCUGCCACUAUCAGAUGCUGGAAGGGUCUCCCUGGGGAGAUGAGCAGAGCUGCUGCCAGCAGUACAUACCCAGAGAAGAGAGGAGGAUUUCUUUAGUGCCUGGAGCCCCCAGUAAAACUGACCCCCUCUGCAUUUCUGCAGCAGAACCGGACCAUGAUCUCAGACCCACACUGACCUCCCACAUGGGCACUCUUUUAGUUUCCUUGCACCUUCUUUUUGCUGCUUGUUUUCUAAUUACCAACCCCUUACUUCCCACAGACUUGCAGGCUUCCUGUCAGGUGCCUCUGCCAGAAGCUGGUGCCUGCAGCCUUGCUUGUUGCUGCCUUUUGGUGGGCCAUGAAUUAUGGACUGUAGAAUUAGCACACAGAAUUACCACAGGAGGUCAUUGCUGGACACUGACCAACAUCACUAACACCGCAGUGGUGGCAGCUGGUUUGUUUUUCAAAUUUACACUGAUAAAAAUCUCUUUAAUAUUUAAACCUAGGCGAGUGCUGGGUCACUGCUGUUUCAUAUCUUUUUUAAAGAAAAAACUUUUAAAAUAAGGAGGUUGUUGCUGGAUAACUGCCUGACUUGCUAGUUUUGAAAUGUGACUCCAGGCAACUAGAAAGUCUGUCCUUUUUGUGUUUAUUUUAAUGCAAUAUAAAGUGUCUAUUUCCUAUAAAUGAGUUUGUUAAAGAGAUUCUCGAUGUGAAGAAAACUGAAGGCAUGCUGGCCAUCCUUUAAAUUUUAACACUGUAAAAGCAAUAGUAAAGAUUAAAACCAUAAUACUUUUUAAAAAUUAAAUUGUUGCUUCAAACCUUUUGCAGUGUCUGCUUUAUUUUCCAAGUCUCUGCUAUCACACAUUAAUGGCAGUAUCUUCUGCCCCUUUUCAAAGUAAAACUAGGAGCUGCCCAGAACAAAACCCGAGAAUUGAUGGAUUCUGAGAAGGGAUUUUCUCAGAGGAUGCGUAUCUUUUUGUGAGGCACAUGCUUGGAGGGAAUAGAAGCCUGAGGGGAACAUGAGCACAACUUACAGGGUGGAGAUGGCCAAGGUGUCACCCUCCUGGAAUCCUUGGGUCGCCAUUAGGGCACAGCUGAAUUUUUCCUCUCUCAACAUCUCCCAUUUGUGCCUGGUUAUUCUCUCUGUAUCUGAGCGCAUCUUUUCUUUUUAUUGUUGAAUCUGGUUUUCAGUAUCCAGCUAUAGACUCUCUCAAUGAGAGAAAAUGAAAGUGCAGCUCUGUGGUUUGGAUAUUCCCCUCAGCACAGGGGAUGCCUGCUUUUUGCCCAGAAAAGCAACUCCUACCCUUUUAAAACAGGAAAAUGCAAUAUUCAAUGGAUUUGUGAUCUAAGCACUCAUCAGAGAAGUUGGAGUUUCAAGUUUGAGUCUCUGCUUUAAAUCAGACAAGGAAUUGAAACCCCUCUUUAAGAAGACAAAUGCCAAAUCCAGCCAGAUUUAAGCAUGUUGAUGAACAUGCUUCCUCUCUUUAAUGAAUGGUGCCUAAAUCCCAUUAUGAUGCUAACUGCCCAUCUCAAAAAAUGUUUCUGGGAAAAAAAAUUGAAGCUUGACUAAACUAUUUCAUUUGACUGUUUCUUGCAAAGGAUUUUGAAAUAUCUUUGAAUGACUUGAAAUACAGAGCAAAAGGAAAGCAGGCAAAGAAGGAAUAUAAAGGGUGAUGGCUCCAGCAUACCCUAGAAAUUCAAGCAGCAGCAUAUAUUCCAGUGCCACAUUUUUCCAAAAUGCUCUCAAGCUGAUGUGCCCUUCAGCAGCAGGUCGGCAAGUUUUUUCUAGAAAAGGACAGUUCACGCACCUGGAACUGGAGUCACACACAGGCCAGAAGAUGGCCCACAUAGCCAAAAAAACAGACUAAAGUUUUAUCAAUGAAUUGACUGUUCUAUUGAGCUCUAUAAUAGCAGUGUGAUAGAAAAAUAUGUUAAAGUUAUUAUUUAGCAAAGAGUAAAAUUUAACAUCAGGAGGGUCUAAUAAAUGAACUAUUCGUGUGUAAUAAAAGUACCAGCUGUGAAAAAAAUUGACUCUUCCCAGCUGAAUCAAUUUAAUACUAUAAAAAAAUUAUUUCUAGAUAAAUAACGUUUAUGCACAGGGGAGCAAUGAUGAACAGGAGACUCUUCACUGCCUAUUUUAUCCAAGACCUUUGUGGGGUGACUGCUUUUUCCCACUCUUGUGUUGAAUCACAAGAGAGGGGAAUUUCAUCAUCCAGCAUGUAUGGAGCAAAACAGAGUCUCAAGGAAUACAAAAUUCAAUCCCAGCAAAGAAACAAGUGAAACACAAAGCAAAUGGCAUCAAAAGCCACAGCAAUCAGCACUAACUGGAGUAGCAGGGAGCAGUCGGUGCCAGGCUCCUGUUUCACCUGUGGAACACAGUUAGUUAAUCCUUUGGUCACAGCCCCAGUGACUCAGGGGACGCAACGUUAAUUCUGCUUUUUUUCACUGCACACUUCCUCAUAUGUGACAGCAUUUAUGGCACUUGAUUUUCUUCCACAUCCUGUUAUGCUUGUUCAUAGGCGAAGGAGCCACACUGGUUUCUCACCUCUCAGACAUUCAGUUUCCAGAAGCAGAGGGGAUAGAGGAGCAAGAGCAUUAAAGAAAUGCUGUGAGAUCCAGGACUUGUAAUUACUUGGGCACUCUCUGCCCAGGCACAGGCAAUGUUACAGUACACGUGAGGUGAGGCUGUGCUGAUGGGCACCACACAAAAUCAAGCCCUGAACACUCUCCAUACAGAGGUACAAACAUCUCCAUCACACUUCCUCUGCUCCUAGGAAUUGCAACAUCAGCACAAGAGCAUGAUUCCCUCUGGCUUCUGGUUUUGGAGACACAAAGCUCACUGAGGAGCAGCCUUGGCUCAACCACCGCACAGAAGAAAAGCAAACACCCAACAGUGGUGAUGGGUCCUUCUUCUCACUAAUUAAACAAGACCCACAACAUUAGAAUGCUCUUAUGAUACAGAUUUCCCUUCAGCAUUCUUCAGCUGACAAAAUUGCAAAGGUUAUCAGUUUUUUGCAAACAAGAGAUUUCUAGCAUGGAUUUCUGAAAGAACUUUAAUUCCCAGCAAAGUGUACAACAAUGUGAAAUGAGGGGGAAAAAAAGGAAAAAAAAUAUGGCAAGAACACUGCAAAUAGAAAACAGGUCUCCAACAUUUCCUCAGAAAAGUUAAAUAAUUAAGAAAGUCUAGAACUUUCAAAGCACUAAAAUUAGUGCCACCAACAUACCACGCUCAGUUUCAACUACCAUAAAAGCUGGUUUGAAAGUCAUCAACACUGCAUUUGGUCCUACAAGGUGCGGUCAGAAACCUCUAACACAGGACAAUCCAGUGUUUAAUAAUAUGAAUAGGAUUUAGUUGGCAAUAUUCUAACCAAUAAUUCUAACUGAAGAUUUUGGUAUGCUUUUCUGAAUAAUUAACACCUUACCUGUUACACAGGAACCUUCACUGAAAUAAUUUUCUUUACAGUUUUUCCAACCUUUAAUCAUCAGCAUCUUCAUUUUCACCAGCUGAAUGGUGACGCUGAAAAACUGCAGUACUUUACUAAUUGUUAAUGUUUACACAUGCUUAAAGUGGAAUUUGUACUGUGAGGGCAGGCACAGCUGCCAGCUGCAGUCCACAAAAGAACUGUUUAAUAAUACAGCCCACUUAGCAAUGAUAAUAAGGGCCAGUGUUUUUAUUUCACUCUCCCUGUCAUAAAUGUGAAGUUACAGAAUGAUUGGAACUGUAAUUGGAAGUUCUCCUGCAUUUCAUAAUACAUUAUGGAAGAUGCUGUCAGUCCUUUGAUUUAAGUAAUAUAUCCUAAUUUUUUUUCUAUCUGUUAAAUACAGCAUUAAAAUACCAAAAUAAAAAAUACAAACUGGGUAAUGGGAAGCUCUUUCCAGGAGGGUUUGGGACAACCUUCUGCUCUCCAGCUCAUCGCUUCCUGCUGCCAGGAAAUGUACAUAAUAUUUUUGUAAAGCUUUUUUUCCCAAUGAACAUUUCUUGUGUAACUUAGCACAACCAGUGUGGCAUUGGGCAACUGGAGGGAAAGUUGCUUCCAUCCACAUGUGGACAGAGCCAAUAAUGAUGCACCCCAAAGCAUUAAAAACAGCAAGAAAAGCUUCAGUUUAUUUAUAGUUUAACCUUAAGAAAAUAAUGUUUCUAGUAACAUCAUCUGUCUCACUCAGCUGCUACCUGGCAAUGUGGACACAGAGUAAGAGAAUUUUACAUAGAUGAACAUCCCAUAAGCCAGCUGAGUAAGAAAAUGGGAACAUCAACACACUGAAAGCCCUCCCAACAAAUGGCUCCUCUAAAUGCACCCUCCAGCCUAGAGCAGAGCCCUCCACAACCUGAAGCCAGCAACCCCUGCAUUCCUGCAGAUCCCUGCACCGGACACCAAGGGUACCAACUGGAACCUGAAUCCACAUCCAUAAAACUCCCCCAAAAAACAACCAAACAAAACCAAACAA